AUGCCGGAUACGAAAGAAGUCAUCGACGACGCAAACUCCAAGGAGACGGUCUCCGAGGUGGAAUUCGACCCGGCUGCAGAGAAGGCCCUCCUGUGGAAAUGCGACAUCUGGGUUGUGCCCAUCCUCUUCCUCCUGUUUCUGCUGUCGUUCAUCGACCGUAUCAACAUCGGCAAUGCACGUCUCCAGGGCCUGGAGAGGGACCUGAACAUGGAAGGCCACGAUUACAACAUCGCCCUUUUCAUCUUCUUCAUCCCGUACAUUCUUCUUGAGGUUCCCAGCAAUCUCAUCCUCAAAAAGGUCGCGCCCUCUACUUGGCUCAGCGGCAUCAUUGCAGCAUGGGGGGGGGGUUUUCUUUUAUAUUUAGCUCUUCUGACGGGCAUUAUCAUAGGAAUUGUGACGGUUUGCCAGGGUGUCACCCAUAGCUUUGCUGGGCUGGUGGUGUGCCGUUUCCUCCUCGGCGCGUUCGAGGCCGGUUUCGUCCCAGGAUGCGUCUACUUGAUCUCGAUGUACUACAAGCGACAUGAGCUCCAGACACGAAUCAACCUCUUCUUCUCUGCUAGUAUCAUUGCGGGUGCUUUCAGCGGCCUACUCGCAUACGCAAUUGCAAAUAUGGACGGAGUCGCCGGCUACGGGGCCUGGCGUUGGAUUUUUAUUCUGGAAGGGAUCGCAACCGUGGUGAUCGCCGUCGCAUCAAAGUUUAUCAUUGCCGACUGGCCGGAGACGGCUAAGUUCCUCAAGGAGGACGAGAGGCGACUCCUGAUCGCCCGGCUGGCCGCCGACAACAAGGGAGCCACCAUGGAUCGCCUCGAUAGGAAGUCAAUCAGGCGGUGCUUGACGGAUGUCAAGGUUUAUCUUGGGAUCCUGAUGUACUUUGGCAUUGUGAACACCGGGUAUGCAACCUCGUUCUUCACGCCCACGAUCCUGAACCAGUUGGGAUGGACUGCGAUCAUGGCCCAGGUGAUGAGCAUUCCUGUCUUCGUGGUGGCCACGGUGGUCACUCUUGUGUGCGCGGUGAUCUCGGACCGCAUGCGACACCGCUACGCGUUCACGUUGCUGGGCUGCGGCGUCGCCACGAUCGGGUAUGUGAUCCUGAUCUGCCAGCACAGCGUGUCGGUGGGUGUGCGGUACAUGGCGGUGUUCAUGGUCACCGCGGGAGGGUUUGUGGCACAGCCGGUGGUGAUGGCGUGGGUGAGCAACAACAUGGGCGGGCACUACAAGCGAUCGAUCGCGUCGUCGAUGCAGAUUGGGUUCGGCAACAGCGGCGGGCUGGUGGCCAGCAACGUGUUCCUGAGCAGCGAGAAGCCCGGCUACCCCACGGGUUUCGGGACCAGUCUGGGGCUGGUGUGGAUCUGCGUGCUGUCCUGCACGGCGUUCUUCUGGUGGUGUCGCCGGGAGAACAGGAUCAGGGAUGCAGGCGGUCGCGACUAUCGGUUCUCCCUGCCGGAGGAUGAGCUGAACAACAUCGGUGAUGACCAUCCCACCUUCAGGUUUACAUAUUAA